AUAACUCAUUUAGUUCGAUACAUGUAUUUAUAUGAGACAGUUGCAUUACAUUUGCGAUUUUCAGAUUUUCGUACAAUAAUUAACCAUAAUAAUUUUACAGAGAUACAUAUUUUCAUACGACUUUGCGAGUAGAAAUGUAUAACAUGCGGAUUUUCUUAUUAGUAAUUUCUGCAUUGUUCCCCUUUUGCACGUCCUUCAAUUGGGUUGGCCUUCCUACGACUCCAGGGUCACCGGUUGUGGGGUCUCGAGCCUCACCCGAUCCACAGAAAACGGCUUUACUGGAAGAGCUCAAGGGAUACAUUCAAAUAAAGGCUUCAAAGCACAAAAAUUCAAAAUCAACAACUUUUGAUUUAAUGAAAUUACAAGAAUAUUUGAAAGAUUUGAAUUACCAGAUUGACAGUUUGCAAGCACAAAUCGACCAAAUAACAAAAUCAAAUGGGUUUAUCGGAAGCAAUAAUAAUCCGGCAACUGGAUUUAAUAACCAGCCUCUUCCUACGAUGAUGUGUCCCCCAUGUCCCACAUGUCCAGUGUGUCCUUCAGUUCGUCAAUGUCCACCCCCACGUCCCAUCCCCUCUUGUCCACCAGCAUCAUCAUCAUCAUUCACACCUCCAACCACAACAAGAUCGACAACACCAUCAGAGUUCGAAAGCGAAGAAAAUUUUGGUGAUGGCGAAUUAGACUGACAGGACAUGCACGGUGUGAACGUGUCCAGAAAUUUAAUAAAAUUUACUCACUGUAUACGAGAGCUAUUUAUAAAUUGUGGUCUGCACCAAGUUGAACGGUAGUUUGUCAGGUAUUGCGUAUGAUUGCAAGAUUUAUGACAUCGCAUCUCCAUAACAUGUAAAGUGGUUGACGGUAAGAAGGAGGGUGGUGGGCUGUGGUUUCAUUUCAUUUCCUUCCAUUAUGUUAAGCUAAUAUUGAACUAAAGCCUUGUCUUGAUGCAAUAGUACAUUAGCAAAGCAAUUAUUUUGAGAAUUAGAUAAGAUGUAAUUGGAGACUUUGUCUUGGCUCAACCGUCUUUUUUCAUUUUCAUUUCAGUCGAAUCACGAUGCGAUCGUGUAUUAUAAUAAUAAUAUACGGCCGAGGAGGCUAGAACGCCUACAUAUUAAUUCUUGCUUAUGAAUGUAGAUACAUACACAUUUCAUAUUUCUACCUUAAGAUUCUCUAUUUGAUAUCAGUUACAUGCAUAAAUAUAUUGUUACUCAUAUUUGUAACAGUCCAACGGACUUUGGCGUUCUAUCUACUUGUCCUAGGAUCCAUCAUUAAUUUGCAUCGUUCUAUUAUUGGGUGUGAAAACAAUGCAUAUUCAGAGCUUCUGGUGGAUAACAAUAUGUGUGUAUGAUAAGUGAUGAUAUUUGUUAAUUAGUCAAUACAAAUAUGUGGAUACGAUUUAGAUGGGUAUAUGUCGCUUAUCAAUUUGUGAACAAAUCAAGCGUUAAAGUGCAUAUCUACAAUGAUGUACACAUUAUAUUUAACAUGUUUUCUUUGAAUUUUUGUGACCUUCAUUCUGCUACCCUUCAAACAUUGCAUGAUCGAGUGGAUCAUCAUGAUGAACGAUCAUGACAAGUGUCAUGCACGAAUUAAAUUCAUGUAAUUUGAAUUUGUUUUGUUUA